GCUCUCUGCUAUGGCCUGGGAAAGCAGUGAAAGAUGGCCCAACUCCUUGGGCCCCUGCACCCACCUAGGAGACCCGGAAGAAGAAGCUCCUUAUUCCUGGCUUCAAAUACGCUCAGCUCUGGCUGUUAUGGCCAUUUGGGAAGUGAACCAACAGACAGAAGACCUUCUGUCUCUCCCUCUCUCUGUAAUUCUGCCUCUGAAAUAAGUAAAUAUUUUUUUAAAUAUGUUAUAAAACACUAUGCCUGGGUUUAUAAAUUUUUGGCACUGGAGUAAAUUUAUCGCUUAACUCCAUUUUCAAUGGACUUUUUUGAAGUUUCUCCAUGCAUAGGACAUGGCUACCAAACUAAUGCAGACAUUUAAAUUUUAAACCCCAGCAUCUUAUGUUGAUAGUGCUAGGUGGAUAGAAACUGGUAUUUAGGAGAUUGCAGGGUCUUAGUCCACCCGUAGGAGGAUGGACUGGGUCCGGGGAAAGGUAAGUGCGCUGCUCACCUGUUUCCCAGCCUCACGAACCUGGAGACAUCUGCCGCAGCAGGGAGCCAAGUCAAGCAAGGACUCGUUUACUUCGUGGGUAACAGAGCCUUUUAAAGCACAAAACUGCAGAGUCAUUGGGGCCGGGCAUAAGGACCAACCAAUCACUUAAAAGAUCAUUUUACAGGGAGAUUCUUAUAGGACUAGCCGUAUGUCUAUACACUCGUCAUCAGUUGUCAUCACUUUCCCUAAUGUUGCGCAGCCAAUCAGCUUUAGUGACAAACAACUUUGAGUUCCACCCAUCUUACUUCCUCUGGGCGCCAUCUUCUUUGCCCCUCUCGCAGGGCCCUCUGGAGAGGAGGCCGCUGGCAUCAUCGCUGGCAGCCUGGUCUCUCUCCAUCUGGUUCCCAAUGGUCCUCUUGCUGGGGGGCCGUGGUGGCCACGGGAGCUGCUCCAGGAUCCACUCCCCCUCCUUGCGCGACAGCAGUUUGCUCAUGGCCGGCCCUGGGCACAGCAGCAGCAUGGCGGGACUGGUGACAUCUGAAAAGAACAAACCAAACAGACAAACUCCUGCACCACUGCUAUCAAAACAUUUUACCACAGAAGAAUGCCACUCCAUGUGGAUCCCAAGCAGGCUAAAAAGAAAAAGAACUGAUUAGACCUCAGACUGCCCACUGAACGGGAUGACGGCCACAGCUGCAGUGGAGACACCAAAAAUGGAGAAGAGCGCCUCCAAGGAAGAGAAGCAGCAGCCUAAACAGGACAGCACAGAGCAGGGCAAUGCAGAUUCUGAAGAGUGGGUGAGCUCUGAGAGUGACCUCGAACAGAUGAGCCUUAAGGGCAGCAACAACAACAGCUGCCAACCCAGAGAUGGGCAAUUGAAGAGAAAGGAGAUGCCCUCCAAGCCACACCGCCAACUCUGCCGAUCACCCUGCCUGGAUCGCCCAAGCUUCUCCCAGAGUAGCAUUUUACAGGAUGGCAAGCUCGACUUGGAGAAAGACUACCAAGCCAAGAUGGAUUUUGCUCUAAAGCUGGGCUAUGCAGAGGAACAGAUUCAAUCAGUGUUGCACAAGCUGGGCCCAGAAUCACUUAUUAAUGAUGUAUUGGCAGAGCUUGUCAGACUUGGCAACAAAGGUGAUUCAGAAGGGCAGGUCAACCUGACUCUGUUAGUGCCUCGUGGGCCCAGCUCCAGAGAAAUUGCAAGCCCUGAAUUAUCUCUUGAAGAUGAAAUAGACAGCAGUGAUAAUUUGAGGCCAAUUGUCAUUGAUGGAAGCAAUGUGGCAAUGAGCCAUGGAAAUAAAGAAGAAUUCUCCUGCCGAGGAAUACAACUUGCUGUGGACUGGUUUCUAGAUAAAGGCCAUAAAGAUAUUACUGUAUUUGUGCCCGCGUGGAGAAAGGAGCAGUCCCGCCCUGAUGCACCAAUUACAGAUCAAGAUAUUCUACGUAAGCUGGAAAAGGAAAAGAUUCUUGUCUUCACACCAUCGCGAAGGGUCCAAGGCAGGAGAGUUGUCUGCUAUGAUGACCGGUUCAUAGUCAAACUGGCUUUUGAUUCUGAUGGCAUCAUUGUAUCCAACGAUAACUACCGAGACCUUCAAGUUGAAAAGCCGGAAUGGAAGAAGUUCAUUGAGGAGCGGUUGCUGAUGUAUUCUUUUGUGAAUGACAAAUUUAUGCCUCCAGAUGAUCCUUUAGGACGCCAUGGCCCAAGCCUUGAAAAUUUCCUAAGAAAGAGACCUGUCGUUCCUGAGCAUAAGAAGCAACCAUGUCCUUAUGGCAAAAAAUGCACCUACGGCCACAAGUGCAAAUACUACCACCCGGAGCGGGCCAACCAACCGCAGCGUUCGGUGGCUGAUGAGCUCCGCAUCAGUGCCAAACUGUCCACAGUGAAAACCAUGAGCGAAGGCACCCUGGCCAAGUGUGGCACAGGGAUGUCUAGUGCCAAAGGUGAGAUAACCUCAGAGGUCAAACGGGUGGCCCCCAAGCGCCAAUCCGAUCCCAGCAUCCGGUCCGUGGCCGUGGAGCCUGAGGAAUGGCUGUCCAUUGCCCGUAAGCCUGAGGCCAGCUCUGUCCCCUCGCUUGUGACUGCCCUAAGUGUCCCCACAAUCCCACCCCCCAAAAGCCAUGCAGUGGGUGCACUCAACACUCGUUCGGCCAGCAGCCCAGUGCCAGGAUCCUCCCAUUUCCCACACCAGAAGGCCUCGUUGGAGCACAUGGCCAGCAUGCAGUAUCCCCCGAUUCUCGUUACCAACAGCCAUGGGACCCCUAUUAGCUAUGCUGAGCAAUACCCAAAGUUUGAGUCCAUGGGGGACCAUGGCUACUAUUCGAUGUUAGGCGACUUCUCCAAGUUAAACAUCAACAGCCUGCAUAAUCGAGAGUACUACAUGGCUGAAGCAGACCGGGGGGUGUAUGCCCGGAAUCCCAACCUCUGUCCUGAUAGCCGCAUGAGCCAUACCAGGAACGACAACUAUUCUUCCUACAACAACCUGUACUUGGCUGUAGCUGAUGCCCAUUCUGAAGGCAGUUUGAAGUUGCACCGCUCGGCAUCUCAGAACCGUCUUCAGCCUUUUCCUCAUGGUUACCAUGAAGCCUUAACGCGAGUGCAGAGCUACGGCCCAGAGGAUUCUAAGCAGGCCCCUCACAAGCAGUCAGUCUCCCACUUAGCUCUGCAUGCCCAACACCCAGCAACUGGGGCACGCUCCAGCUGUCCUGGAGACUACUCCAUGCCUCCCAAUAUCCAUCCCGGGGCAACUCCCCAGCCAGGCCGUGCCCUGGUGAUGACACGGAUGGACAGCAUUUCUGACUCCCGCCUCUAUGAGAGCAACCCCAUGAGGCAAAGACGACCUCCUCUGUGCCGGGAACAGCACGCCAGCUGGGACCCACUGCCCUGUGCAGCCGACUCCUAUGCCUACCACUCCUAUCCCUUGAGUAACAGCCUCAUGCAACCAUGUUACGAGCCAGUCAUGGUACGGAGUGUGCCCGAAAAGAUGGAGCAGCUUUGGAGGAAUCCUUGGGUGGGAAUGUGCAAUGAUUCUAGGGAGCAUAUGAUCCCAGAGCACCAGUAUCAGACCUAUAAGAACCUCUGCAAUAUUUUCCCUUCCAACAUUGUUCUUGCAGUGAUGGAGAAGAAUCCCCACACAGCAGAUGCCCAGCAACUGGCAGCCUUGAUUGUUGCUAAGCUUAGGGCUGCACGUUGACGUGACACAGGACCACUGCAGUCCUUUCUAGAGAUAGGAAUAUUAAUACUUCAAAUACACUAAUACUAUGAUUAUAGUAACUAAUCAUUUGUGUUGCGCUUUUAAUAAGUUACAGAGUGUUUACAUCAUUUAAGCGCAUAACAACCCUGUGAGGUAGGUCUUACCAACAUCCUAUUUUAUAGAGCAGGGAGCUGAAGCUCAGUGAGAUUGACUUGCCAAAGUCACACUGCUAGCAAAUGACUUCAGUCAAGACACACACCCAAGUCCUCUGACAACAAGUCCCAUGCCCUUUGUGCACUGCAUGGCGCAGGUAAUGGAGGACAAAACCCAGGGAGAAGAGGCCUAAAUGUGAGAAAUCCCGAGGGAUUCCAUUACCAGCAUUUUCUUAGUCACACAUUCUAUAUUGCAAAGUGUGAAUGAUAUAUCCAAGUUAGAGAGCAAAAACAUCAGGAUCAGAGUAUAUGUUGAAUUAACCUUUUAGGUUUUCUUAAUAGGAUUUUUUGAAGCUAUUUAAAAUCAAAUACUUCCUUUUGCAUGGAUAUUUGAUCAUUCAAUAUCUUUAUUAAACAAGAUAUAGGGUCACAUUGAGGCUUCUAGAGCUAUAUCUGAAACCUAUUAGCAAUUAUAUUGCAUGUAUGAAUGUAUAUAUUUGAGAUGUGUGCAUACCUCUGUAUCAACUUUUAUAGUGAUAAUGAGAAGGUAGGCUCUAAGCAGUCCUUAGUCUAUAGCUGUAUAGGUCAUGAAUCUGACUUGAUGAUUUUAUGUUACAUUUCAUAGUUUCAACUAGUUUUGAAAGUGGAAAGUACAUGCCAACAUUAGAACAUUGCUUUCUUAGGCGCCAGAGCAAACCAGAUCUGUUUCCUUUGUACUUUUCACUGGCCAGCCAACAUUUACUAAUAGUUCCUAGCUUCCAAGUCUCUUCACCUCAGCAAAUUAGGGGUCAGGUUGCAGCCUUCUGCAGAGGAGCUGAUGGAUAAGCUCAAGUUCCGAUCAUAGGAUACGUGUAUGCUACACAAGCACAGAAGAGUUUGACCAGGACCAAAGGAUUUACUCCCAGAGGCCACUCACCGUAUCCCAGGAGAGAUGGCCAAACUCAUGUGGCAUUAAAUGGCGAAUACUAAAGCUUCACUCAAGGAGGGACUAAUGGAUGCUUUUUGGACUUCUGACCUAUGCAGUAUUCAACACCACAGGAUGAAAAUGUAAUGGAGGACAGUGCAUAGCCAUGUAAUCCACUAUUCUCCUGCUGUCCACCCUUUGGGCAAUAAGGUCAAUCAUUGGUGGAGCAGAAUUUCUUUAGGGAAAAAAAAAAAAAACCAGGGAUUUUUCUAGAUAGGAAAAAAAAGCAGCUUCCAGAAGGGGAUGCUGCAUCUUUGCUCAUAGCUGGCUCAGUUAUGCACUUCAAAUCCACGCAAAGAGGGUGCACUUGCUAAUAAGGUAAUUAAUUCUUAGAUUUGCUACUAAAGAGGAAAGGCCUUGGAUUGAGAGGCACCAUUUGCGCAACUUGUAUCUUGCUCAGGGUGGGAAACUUUGUAGCUAAGUGCCUCUAGAAGAGGUAUUUCUUGUUUAUUUUUUUUAAAGCUGCACUAAAUGAACCCCCUUUUUGAAUCCAUUGUAUAUUUCAACAUUUUGAACCAUGACCAGCUCACUAUUUCCUGAGCUGGAACUUGCUAACUUCUAUGGUUGUUUUUUUCAUGAAAGUUGAGAAGGCCUGGCCUUGGCCUUUUGUUUCUUCAUGAGAAGGUGUGACACUGCCUAUUAAAUGUUUCUUACUGUGAAACACUCCGAAUGUGAGGCUGUAGUCAGGGUUGUUUCUGGUGGUUUGAUAAUGGCUUGCAUGCUGCUUUCUGUCUGUCCAAGUCAAUCAAUUCUGCAUCUCAACCAAAUGUUACUCUUCAGUUAAUCACAGCUUCCCAUUAAUCUCUUACCUUCUAAUCGUCCCAUUUCUCAGCACAUUACUGAAAGUGUUAAAAGUAUUUUCUACCAGGUAGGUCCACAGAGUGACAGUUGCCCCUGCAGUGCUUGCUAUUUCACACAAACACUAUUUCCUACCUUUAACUUCUUGAACCUUCUCAAUCUGCCCUGUGUCUAAAUCAGCUUGACAAUCUCAGAUGACUCUGAUGCCUUUGUGCCAGUUAGUUCAUCUGCCUACCAAAAUCAUCAGUGGCACUGCAUUAUUCGCUAUUUGCACAAUUUACACAGAAGCACAAGAUUUAUCAUGUUAGCUGCAAUCCAUCUCGAACAUGUUCAUAUUUAGUACUCAGAACAGUUUGUAAGUUUCUCCCAAUAUAGGAAAUAUUUUUAAGGCAGCAUAUGUAUUUCUUAUUUCCUAAAAACAAUUGUCAUUCUUCUCCUCUCAUACAAUGUGUAUAAACCAAAGCGGCUAGGAGCAAUGCUUCAAAUAACCAGAAAUGACCUUUUGUUGAUACAAAUUGUAUCUCUUUUUUCCUGAUUGUAUAGAAACAAAUGUACAAAACUCAUCAACUAGGAUUAGUACUGAAUUUUCACUCCGAUGUUUGUGGCACUGUGUGUCACAUGGAAGUAGCCCAGAGGUUGUGAAGGAGCUUUUAUUUCCAAAGGGCAGUCGUAGUUUAUAGAUAGACAAUUUUUCAAGGCCUCUUUAUUACUAGGUGCACAGCUAUUGUGUGUACAGUUUCAGGCAUUAUAUUGCAUACGUUCUCUUUAGGCUAUUAAAUUUAAUAUGUCCUUGCGGAAGGGAUUUUGUGUAAAAAGUUAUCUGUGUUAGUGAAUCAUCUGCAAGAAUCUAUAAAUGGAGCUGCACGACUAUGAAUGCAUAAACCCAGCUUGGUUCUUAGUUAUUAAAGAAACAUUUUCUUUAUAUUGAAGUCUGCAUACUUUUUGACUUUUCCAUUGUCUGUAGUUAUAAAACAGCAAUUAAUAAAGAAGCACUGGGACACACACACCCCCUUUGGUUCCCUUGGGAAUAAAACCAAGUUUCCCUCAUGGGGCUAAGCGUGUAUCUUUCAGGAUACUUACCUCCAAGCACUCAGCAGGGGUCACUGCACAGUGUUUUGUGUGGUUUUCAAGAAGUGGUAUAUUUUGCAAGAGGUGCUUUGUAAUUUUAAUUCUUUCACUGAUUUUCUGACCUCAUAGCAGUCUGUGCCUAUUCAGGCCUUAGAGUUUGUAGAUUUUUGUGAAUUCUCUUUUUUUUUUCUUUUUGCUGUUUGUGAUUUUCUCAUUUUGUUUUCAUUUUGACCUAAAGGAGAUGUGUGACCCUGGGAUGGCAUGGUUAAUCCAGGGCACUAUUUCUAUAAGACAGCUCCAAGGAAUAGGAGCCUUUUCAAGGGUAACAUUGAGACAUUGUACUCUCUCUUAAGGUGCCAGGUAGAGAAGGGAGAAUGACAGAUGCCUCAUGGAAAUGGCCUCCAAAACUUGUCCUAUUCUAAGAAAUGAAACACAUAGCAUGGUAUUUUUUUCUUUCUCUCUCUCCCUCUCCUAGUUUCAAAUACUUCGCUAAAAUUCCUUUUUAUUUUUCUAUUUUGGAAGAAAUUAUCUUUAUACAGUAACUCCAACAUUGAUAUCCAUUAACCUGUGGCACUGAGUUUUCUUCUAAACAUAGAAGAGUUCGCUUUGAGAGGCGCUCAGUUACUAUUCUAUCUAUGCUGUAAGUAUGGGACUUUGUAUACAACGCCCUUUUUGAGGGCCAACGAUUUCAAUACACUUUGUUUUACUCUGUGAACCGGGUCUGGAUCUGCACAGGGGAAGUAACGCCGAGCUGUCCAAAGAGCCCUGCUCAGGUCUCUUCCUAACCCUACUCUUCCUUCCCCUCCUCAGAUCUGACACUGGGGAGUGCAUAGUCUCAAGUGAAACGGCACUACACUUAGUUCUCAUUGGAAACCAAACCAGUGUAUUUCUGGAACCUGCUUGUCUAAAGUAGUCAAUGCCUUUCUGAAGACUCAGCAUAGUUAGUAUCUAUUGUAUUGUAGUUAACUAUAUACCUAGGCAGAUUGACUAUUUUUAGUCCUGGUUUGUGUAUCAUUGAGCUAUAAUAGUUUGCUUUAUUCAUUUGUGAGAUUAAACAAUAAUGUUUAAUGGUUGUAAACUUUUAUAAAACCUCUUUGGGUUUUUUGUUUGACCCAAACAUAAUGUAAGUCUCAAUGACAAAAUACACGAAGCCAACCAGAAGUGAGUAAAAAUAUAUCUCUUCCCCAGUUUUGUCUGCCUCUAUAAUGCACGUGCAAUGUUUUGUAAUAUGUUCUCACUAGCAUGAAUCUGCUAUGACUACUUCAAGAGAUUUUAGUUUCACCUAUAAUUGUGAUGGAAAUGCUGUAUCACUGACAACAAUGAACUGUAUCCACACUUAUUUACUGCAUAAACUGUUUGUCUACUAAG